GAGUGCCGUGUGAUUUCGAGAUGACAGAGACGAGGAGACCGAAUAUGACACCUAAAUCUUUCUAAAUCAGAUAUUUAUUGCGUUUUGACUGCAUGCUAUGCACGCUGACUUGCUAAUGAUAUUUGAAAGCGAGAAAUGCCUGAAAAUUUACAGACAUGUUUCUUGACUAUUUAACAUGUGGAACCUGUUCCCAAGAGUUUCCACUUCACAACAUUACAGAUUUUAUCCAACACAAGUCAUCGUCAUGCCAACAGUUGCAGCUAGAGCGUCAGCAGGGUGCAGAACCAGGUUACUCGGAGCCAACGCUUUAUGCUGUAUUUGCUCUCGUGAUUUUCGUACAGCACGAGGUGUUCUUCAACAUGUCCAGUUUGUGCAUAAUCUGAAAAUAUUUAUGCAAAAAGCUCCAUUCUCCGUCAGCUUCUCUAGUCUUGUUAGUGAUAAUGCCACUAAUGCCUCUACAUCGUAUGUUGAUAAAUUAUCAACACCAGCUUUGAAAAAAGAUCCAUCCCCUCAAGAUCUAGUGUCUACUACAACUGGCAUGCACGACCAUCCAACAACAUUCAUGCAUGAUAUCAGCGAAGAGGCUCUUGGUUCAUCUGCACAACCCAGUGUUCUUUUAGUGUGUAGUAGCCCAGCAUUUUAUCCUGAGAAAAGCAUUACCUACAGCAGUGGUUUAAACUGUAAUGCAGCCAGCACGAAGGAAGAUAAACGGUCUCCUCUCCAAAAGUGUUGCAGUUCAGUGGUGCCAAAAAAGCGGAAGAGGCACAUGAAGGAGCAUGACACAGAAGCGGCAGAGCUGGCUCACCAUGAACAGAGUGCCUUGGAAGCUCUUGCCUCUCUGCGGAGCAAAGUCCUACUCAACCAGCAACGUAUGGUCAGCAAAGAGCUGGUGGCAGAUGGUAAACCAGGUUCUGAUUUACAGUGGCCAGAAAAGAGCAAUAAACCAGACUCUGUUGAAAUUUGUGUUGAGAGGACUAUCUUUCGGGAGGACUGUGUAAGAUCAAAUGCAAACUGGGAUAAUAGAGGGCAGAACAAUGCUCAGGAACAUGAGGGCUGUGAACCUGAGGAUGAUGAUGAUGCUAUUUCUGAUCAUGGAAUCACUAGUAAACAAAAGGUCAUUGUCAAAACAGUAUUUGCAUCAACAGUAGUAAAUGAGAAAGAGUCUGCAGAAUCCACAUUGUGUCUGACAGAAGUAAAACAUGAUGAUGUAAAUGAUACUGCUGAUAAAAGUGACAUGCUGAAAGCAGGUUCAACAACUGUGGAGGGUGAUGGAGGACAUACACUGCUUUGUAAUAAGAUUGUCAGUCAAUCAGUGGCAGAGUUAUCUCUGGAUCAGGAUCAGACAGGCAAUAAUAAACCAGCUUCACAGAUUGUAGCUUGGAAAGGAGUUGAGGCACAAGCUGAUGGUGCAUUGGGUAAAUAUUUUAGUCCAUUGGUUUCUGAGAAGCCUGACAAUCAACAGUCACCUCCUUCAAUUCUUAGAACUGCAGAAACUCAUAGAAAAGUUACUUCAUACCUGCUGGCAGAGAAGUCACCACAAACACUCAGCUGCAGUCAGCUUCCAGGUAUCAAGGCAUUGAAUACGCCUGUAAGACUUUUAGAUUGUCUGGAACAAGAAAUUCCUGUAGUGACAGAUGGGCAGCAAGUUCAAGAUGUUUCUAUUUUGCAUACAAGCUGCGAGAGUAAGAGUCCAGAAAGAACAUCAUCAGGCGAAAGCUGUCCAUUAAUAGAAGACCUGGACAAAGUAGAAGGAGGAAGGAAAAGACGUCGCUACCCAACAAGCCGCCCAUUUAAGUGUGAUCAGUGUGACAAAGCCUUUAAUCAACGCAUUCACCUCAAGAAGCACAUGAGCAAACAUACUGGUGUGAAGCCAUUCAAAUGUGGUGUGUGUACCUAUUCAACUGUAGAGAGGAGCCACCUCCGAGCUCAUAAUCGAAUACACACAGGUGAAAAGCCAUACAGCUGUGAUUACUGUAACUAUGCAACGGCACAGAACAGCACUCUCAAAAUCCACUUGAAGCGUCACCACACCAACAAGCAUAUGAUCUAGCCUUAGUCAUAAUUCAGGAAUCUUCACAGGAAUGGCAGUAAUACAGCCCUCCAAGUGUACCCAAAGAAACGUUUCCAAGAGUGCGAAGGGUUAAGGGAGCAAACUCAUGAUGGUUUUGAAUGGACAGAAAAAUGUUAAUCCCCUUCUUGUGCAAAUGUUGUUGUAGUUUUUAAGGUUUUGCCCUGAGGAAAAAAGCUUGUCUAUUUUAGCCUUUCUCGGUCUUAAAUUGGUGGUGGGUUUGAGAAACCCAAAGCAUGCAUUGAUGAAAGCUUGAUCUGCUGUGGAUAUAGCAUGCUACUGAACUCCAUCAAAAUUAUGGAUUUUGCAGAAUACUCUGGUAGGGGCAACUCUUAACUCAGAGUUUGAAUGUAACCUCAAAGCUACUCUGUGAUCAGUGUUGCAUGCAAACUUGAUUGUUGAAAAGAUAUUCAUUCUAAUUACACAAGAUGAAGUAAAUUAGGAUUGUUUUUGAAUAAUAAUAAUAUUGACAUGUAAUUACAUUCCGUUGUUAAUUUCAGUGAUCUUGCAGGUUUUGUUUUUUACAAGUCAAAGCAGCUAUCAGCAUAAAACAAUUCUUUUUGAAACAUGUUAUCUGUUUCAAGUUAAAGGUGCCAUUUAAAAUUAUUACGCUAACUUGGUGUUGCAGAUCUAAUAUAAUUAAUAAUUGUAAGUGUUCCAAAACUAUGGUGAAGAUUUCUGAUUGCAAUUGAUGGCAUACAAAGUAUACCAGGUAACUUUGAUAUCUCACCUUUAAUUAUCAAAAGACAGUGUCUGUCCUUCAUGUGUUGCAGUCUAGUGGGGUCCCCCACCUUUUUUUGCAAUAUUUCUGUGGUCUGCAUAAGAUAAUUUAUAAAUUAAUAAUCAAGAAAGGUGACAUUUGUGAUAUGCUGAUUUAUUAUCACCAUUGUUUUUAGACCUUAGAAACUUAUUUAUGCUGUAGUGUUUGGAGAAUUUGCACACUGCAUGAUAAUUAGCACUUUUCUUCAUUGUGCCAUUUCUAUUUAUAGAAUAUGUAACCUUAGCCUUGUAAUCACUUAGUCUGAUUUAUUUUAGUUGUGCACUGUCACCACUAAAGCUAUCAAUAAAUCAUGGGUAUGCACAUGUAGAUGUGUGGGGUAGGAGGCAGGUUGGGAGUGGAAAGCAGCUGGAGAAGUCUACAUUUUUCUGUUCCAGAGACUUGAGUUGCUUAGUACUAGUAUUUUAAAGUUCACAAAUUGCUUGCUUCAAAUGCUGCAUAGUUUCUUUUGGUCUGCUUACUGAUGACCUGGCAAGGGUUAAAUAGUAUGAAAAGACCAUCUGAGGGGAUCAAAUAAACAGUUGUAAGCUAUGA